GCUAAAGUGAAGACUUCAGUAGGGGACUGUGGAGGCGAUGGAGCGCCUUCUCCUGCUUGUGCUCUUCAGUCUGUCGGCCUUUGUGGGUCCCCCGGGGCUGGCCCUCCCUCGGGGCUCCCAGGGCCCUCCUGCAAGGGACGGCUCCUCUUCUCACUCCCUGAGAUAUUUCUACACAGCCGUGUCAGAGGCUGGCACAGGAAUGCCCCACUUCCUUGCUGUGGGGUAUGUGGAUGGUCAGCCUAUUACACUGUAUGACAGCAAUGGACAGAGGUUUUUGCCUCAAGCUCCCUGGAUGGAGGAUGCUACAAGCGACAUCAGCCACUACUGGGAGACACGCACCGCAGUUCUCAAGAGCGAUGAGGCUGCAUUCAGGGCGGACCUGGCCACCUUAAGGGACCGCUACAACCAGAGCGGAGAUAUGAGUUAUUUUCUUCUUUGGCACCUUUUCUUCCUUGCUGAAUGGUAAGUCUAGUGGAGAGUUUAAGCUGGGGUGGGGGUGAGGGUGUCCAAGGCUCAUAGUGAAAGGUCCCCAUAUGGCUGGAAUGGCCAGAUUAAAUCUAGAUUCUAUACAUUAUACCCAGAGUAGUCUCUGACAACGCUGGCUCUUUGGCUUACUAAUGGAGACGAGCACCACUCCCUAUGGUUGGACACGACUUUACAACCUUGUCAACAGGGAAUACUUUCACCUUUUUAAAUCAUACCAGCACACAGCACAAAGACAUGGCAGUCAUUACAAGGUUUGAAUCUUUUAUUGGAAUUUUGAAUCCUUUAUUCAGGCACAUGAACCUCUAAAUUAAAUGGGUUUUUAAAAUAAAUAUGAGUUAAAUACUUGUAUUCAUCAGGAUGUUUUGCCUUCCUUCUGCAGUGUCUUCAGUACCAGGAAAACAAAAUAGUAGCUGUGAAGUAGAUAGGGCAGGGGUAGGCAACCUUUUUGAUCCGGGGGCCGGGUUG